AUGCAUUCAAGCGUCAGCCUGAUAGAAGAACUCGCGAAUGAAGCUCCACACUGGACGUCCGAAGAGGAAUCAAACUUGAGACGUCCUUUCGAUUAUCUCACAUCUUCCCCUGGCAAGAACUUUCGCGCCGAGUUGAUUCAGAUUUUCAACUCGUUUUACGAGCUCCCAGAUCACAGAAUCGCGAUUAUAUCGAAGCUGGUGGAGACCUUGCAUACAUCAAGCCUGCUGAUCGAUGAUAUCGAGGAUAGCUCAGAAUGGCGCCGUGGUCUGAAGGCCGCUCACCUGGUGUACGGCGUGCCCAUGACCAUCAACACAGCCAACUACAUGUAUUUCUACGCUAUGGAAUGCUUGAAAGAACUCGGAAACGGUUGCGACGACCUUUCCUUGAACAAGCUGCUAAUUAUCUUCAAUGAGGAGAUGAUGGACUUGCAUCGAGGGCAAGGUUUGGACAUAUAUUGGAGAGACUGUUUUAUGGUGCCUACAGAACCUGAAUAUCUUAACAUGGUAAUGAACAAGACCGGUGGUCUCUUCAGACUAACUGUCAGACUCAUGGAAGUCUUUUCGCCCUCAUUUUCCGGUGCCAAGUCUCUUGUUCCUCUGAGCAACCUGCUAGGGAUUCUAUACCAAAUAAGAGACGAUUUUAUGAACCUUCAAGACGCGAAAAUGAUAGAAAACAAAGGCUUUGCUGACGAUGUUUCUGAAGGCAAGCUUUCAUUCCCCAUAAUACACGGCAUCAAGCAUGGAAGCUUGAAUGGAAACUCUCUUGUAUGGGAUAUCCUCAAACAAAGGACCCAUGAUGACGCUCUCAAAAAACGCCUUGUUAGUUACCUUGAGGGCACUAGCGGGUCUAUGGAAUACACGCGCAGGAAAGUGAAGGACCUGGGCGUACUUAUCAAAGAGAAAUAUCUGUCGUCAAUGCAAGAUCGGGGAUACGAUUCGUCUGCUUUAGAAAAAGUAGUUGACCGGCUGUGUGCUAUAUAA